UUUUUCUUAAUUCAAAAACAUUCAAUAUAUGUGAUAUUUAUAAGCAUAUUAAUAUUAUAGUCAGAAAAACAUUUAAAACGGUACAUCACGUUGUUAUAUACUUUGCAUAUGUCCUUCACCCAAUAGUUCGUUAAUAUUGGUUACGAUGAGUAAUAAUUUAAACAUGGAACAUGAAGCUAUUAUAGAGCAGUUCAGAAAAGAAUAUAAGGAGUUGUUGUGUAUAACAAAUCAAACGCUGUUAAAAAACAAAUCACUUUUUCUUGUGGUCAAAAUUUACAUGUUUGUUUACGACUCGGAGAUUAUUUUAAAGUAUCAUGAAAGUUUAAAAAAAGAAUUAUUUUUAAUGACUAGUAAACUAGAUAAAGUUAUCAAUGACUAUGAAAAUAAAUUAAAAGAACUUUUUAAAGAUGAUAUAACAAUUAACUUUGGUGCAUUAAAUAUUGAAAGCAUAAGUUUUUCACAUAAAAUGAGAGGAGUACAAAGCGGAGAACUAGCUACAGUUACAUUUUCUAACUCUAAUAAUGUUAAAUCAUCAACAAAUUUUUUUAUUAAAACACACCAAAAUGGAGCUGUAACUGCUCCGUCUGCAGCAUCAAAGCCUGUUGACAUAAAGGAGCUGUUUGUGUACAAAGCUUUAGAAAACCUAAAAAUUGGUCCCAAAGUAAGAUUCUUCUUUGAUGAUCGAGAUGCUACGAAAGAGUUUUUCAUUUCAACACAAGAAGCUGGUUCAACUAUUUUAAAACCGAAUGAUGUGGAAAAACCAAAUAAUUUUCCUUUUAAACUUGCUAAUCACUACAAAGUAAGUAUAGCUAUUACUGAUGACAUAAAAAAAGAAUUUGAUAGCUACGAGCCUAACUUGUUUGAAAGUCUCAAACGAGAACUAACAUUGGUAGAUAUGGUUAGUCGAAUAUUUAAUUUGGGUGAUUGCUCUAUAAACUCUUCUAACUUUGGUUUUAUUGAACAAGAAAAUGAUUUAUCCGCUUGCAUUUUUGAUUUUCGAACAAGCUUUAAUGUUUAUGAAAACAAUAAAAUUUUUAAAUACUUUGAACAUGGAAACAAGCAAUUUUGCUAUACUCGGAACAGUUUGUUAUGGGCAUUAAUUGCCGCUGAAUCUAGAAAUGAAAAAAUUGCUCGAGCUUUUUUGGUUUUUAAAAGAUUAAAUCCAUCCACAUUUUAUUCAACUAUUGACCAAUCAAUGCAAGAGAUUGUCAUGUAUAUAAAUAGUAGUAACAGUAACCAACUAAAAGAACAUUUAAAAAAUAUGUACUCCAAUCUUGAAGAGUAUUCAGAAUGUACAAAGAUAAACUUUAGAAUUUUUUUAAAUAAACUUAAAAAACAUAGUAAUUGUAUAUAAACUACAUAAUUAAUCUACUCUUAUUGCUAAGCUAUAGAGUCAUCACACUGUCUGUCAAGAAUAAGGUAAAUGCAGUGAGUUUCACAUUAACAAUUUGUUUCAGUUAAUUAUUGCAUUACUAAUUACUAAAAAAGGCUGUGGUUACUUUAUAGCUUAAAAGUAAUGUUCAAAAUCUUAUAUAUUCUUAAAUACCUACUUUUCUGAUUUCAAGAAAUAUUUAAUUCUUGCGUUGUUUCAGUGUUAUCAAUUUACUUAUUAAUAUUAUUUAAAAUAUAUUCUUAAAUUUCAAAA